GAUUGGAUCCAUCCCAGAACACCCAACCGGAUCCCUCCCAGUUGCUCCCGAUCCCUCCCGGUGCUGCCGGAGGGCUGAGCCGCCGCCAUGCACCGCGCGGUGCUGCCGCUGCUCUGGGUGUGCGCUCUGGGUGGCAUCGCAGGACUGUCCGAAGCCUCCUUCGAACUAUUGAUUCAACCGCCGGUGCCGGUGGUGGAAUACGGUGGUUCCAUCCGGUUGAGAUUGGAGACCACGUGUCGGAAUCCCGAAACUCCUGGCAACGUGGAGACAUCGUUCCGGAAGAAAUUGGUGAAGGCGACGCCAACGGAAACUGUGGUGGAGCUGUUGAAUGUCACCGAGUGGAACUCCACCGUCAUCUACUUCUACACCUGCAACCGCCAGAGGAAGGUGGUGUCCACCAAACUCAUCGUCUACGGUGAGCUGAAGCCGGCGGUGUUGGAGCCGACGCCGGAGCUGGAGGUGGGAAAGAGCCACGAGUUGACGUGCCGCGUAGACGACGUUGCGCCCAUCCAGAACCUGACGGUGAUCCUGAAGUUGGGCGACGAGACUUUACACACCGAAACCUUUGAGAUGGACAACCGGAGUGAGCCGGUAAAGGCGCUGGUGAAGCACCGGCUGAUGGCACAGCGCUGGCACGAUGGGCACAACGUCACUUGCCAAGCGCUGCUUGACCUGACGCCCUACGGACCACUCCUCCGGAGAACUUCCGAACCGCAGGUGUUGACCGUCUAUGAAUUCCCAGAGGAUCCUCAGGUGGAGUCUCCCACUUACCUGGAGGUCAACGAGAUGGUCAACGUCAGCUGCGCCGUCGGACGCGUCUUCCCGGCACCGCAAUUCCAGUUGGCGUUCGCCAACCGCACUUUGCCACUCUCCGUUAGCCGAGAUGGCCACCGCGAUGGCCACCGGGUCACCGCCGUGGUGACCUCCAACCAACCGGGGCUCUUCGCUCUUCUUUGCACCGUGAAGGUGGGACCCAUGGAACGUCAGAAGGAGGUCAUCAUCUCCAUCUACCGUUUCCCCUCACCGUGGCUGAACAUCAGCGCCACCAUCUUGGCAGCCGGCACCACGGCGACGGGGCUUUGCGCCUUCCAAUCGGAGCAUUCCGCCGAGCUGGAGGUGCGGAUCGGCGCCGGGCGCCGCUUCCUGGCGGGAUGGGCUCCGUCCCCGUUGGCCUUCAACUUGACGGCCCAUCAAAAAGACGAUGGGAUGGAGGUGACCUGCUACGCCAGGAUGCCCGUGGGUGGCACGGCGCAGAAGAAGAGCGCCCCCAUCCGGCUCUUCGUCACCGCCAAACCUUGGUUGGAUGAUCCAAGUUGCCCUUCCAACCAGAACUGGACGGAGGGACAGGAUGAGACCCUGCGGUGUUGGGCGUGGGGGAACCCCCGACCCCUCCUGGUGUGCACCAAGGAUGGAGAACCCUUCCCCGUCGGAGUGCCGCGUUCCGUCACCCGCGCCGACGCCGGCGUCUACCGCUGCCGCGCCACCAACCCGUUGGGUGCUGCUGAGAGGAACGUCACCGUCUGGGUGCAGCACCACGACCCUGAGGUGCUGCUCCCGGUGCUGUUGGCGUUGGCCUCGGUGGUCGCUCUGCUCACCGGUGGGUUGAUCUACAGCAUCUACUACCGCCAGAAGAAGAUGCGGCGGUACCGACUGCAGCAGAAGCAGUUGGAGAUGGAGCGACUGCGCUCAAAGGAGACCACCGCUCUCAACGGUUCCUCACCGAAGGCUCAACCGGUUGAGCACCGUGGCCACCGGCUCCAUCCGGACGUGAUGGUGGACGCUACCAUGAGACGGCGCCGAGGACAUGCGGUUGGGACGCUGGAGGUGGUGGAACGCCAACGCCUCCAUGACCCAAACCCCACUUCCUUCCUUCCUUGGGCCGCCAUUUGCCCACCGACUUCCGGCACGGUGGGGUUGGGACGGAGCCGGGUGGAGAGGAAGGAUGGAGAGAAGUCGUUGUGGCCACCGAGUGGGGACCGCGUGUCCCUGAGUUGGGUUCUUCCCUCACCGAAGCCCUGUGCCGCGGUGAUGGGCUUCUGCUCCCGGUCCCGUGGCUUCUGGCGUGCGGCUCCGGUGAUGUCCCGCGGUGGUGUCCGUGCGUGGUGGCUCGCGGGGCUGCUCCUGGUUCGGGGCGGACCUUCUGAGCCCUUCGAGGUGACGGUAGAGGGGACCUCAGAGGUGGGUUAUGGUGGGACAGUGCUGCUGAACUGCUCCAACAACUGCCGCGAUGACGGAGCACCGGGAGGACUCGAGACCUCCCUCACCAAAGAACGGGUGGGACAGGGUCCAGGUUGGCUCAGCGUCCGACUCCGGAACAUCACCGAACCCUUCUCCGUUGUCUUCUGCUACUUCUCCUGCUUUGGAGAAAGGAAGAUGGCGACUUUUACGGUGUUGGCUUACGACCUCCCCGAGCCUCACGUGUCCAUCAGCAAACCCAACGCCUCUUCCAAGGAUCUGGUGAGCAUCGAGUGCUCCUCAGAGCCCAGCCGGCCCCCGGGGCUGACACUGCGGCUCCGCGGUAGCCACCGGCCCCCGGUGCCGUGGGCAGAGGGUCCCGUGCGCCUGGACCUGACGGCCGCCGAGGAAGACGACGGAACGGAGUUCACCUGCGAAGCGCAACUCAACGUGGGCAACCGGACGGUGCGGAAGAGCUCCGCCGCGGCCACGCUGUGGGUCAGCUAUCAACCCCGCAUGGAGGACACCUCCUGCCCUUCCAACCAGAACUGGACGGAGGGACAGGAUGAGACCCUGCGGUGUUGGGCGUGGGGGAACCCCCGACCCCUCCUGGUGUGCACCAAGGAUGGAGAACCCUUCCCGGUCGGAGUGCCGCGUUCCGUCACCCGCGCCGACGCCGGCGUCUACCGCUGCCGCGCCACCAACCCGUUGGGUGCUGCUGAGAGGAACGUCACCGUCUGGGUGCAGCCAGACGACGGCCGCAAGGCGCCGCUGGCGGCACUGGUGGCACUGGCGGUGCUGGUGGUCUCCGGGCUGGUGGUCGCGGGGGCCUACGGCGUCCACCACCACAAGAAGAAGGUGCGCAUCUACUGGCUGAGCUCCACCAGAGCCCCCUCAACCACCGCUGAGCACCGGCCGGGGCCCCAUCUUCCUCCUCCUCCUCCUUCCUCCCCAUCUUCCUCCUCCUCCUCCUCGAUGGGAGCCGCUCGGCUGCUGCCCCCCCUCCUCUUGGCCCUCGCAGGCGCCGCGGGAGCCGCGUUGCCGGUGGGCGCUUGGCCGCGCGUGGCCGUGGUGCCCUUCGGCGGUUCGGUGGUGAUCAACUGCAGCCGCGGUGCGUGCGGGGGAGACGGUAACGCCAUGUUGGCGUUGGAUACCCCUUUGGCCGUGGUCGCCGGAGCCCACGGGCGCCGUUGGCAAAGCUUCCGACUCCUUAACGUCACCCAAUGGAACCCCGGAAGCGUCACGUGCUACGGGCGUUGCGGUGACGCCGAAGGGAACGCCAGCGCCGCCGUCAUCGUCUACCGCUUACCGGAGCGGGUGGUUCUGGAACCGGUGCCGCCGGUGGCAGUGGGUGAGAGCCGUAACCUGACGUGCCGAGUGGUGGAAGUGGCUCCGUUGGGGAAUCUGACGGUGACGUUGCGCCGCGGCACCGAAACGCUGCGCACGGCGAGUUUCGGUGGCGCCGAAGGCAGCGCCACCGUGGCCGUAAGGCAUCUGCUGAUCGCCGGCCCCGGCGACCACGGCCAGGACGUCACCUGCCACGCGGAGCUCUCGCUGCGGCCACACGGACCCCUCUUCGCCCGCGCCGCCGUCCCCAUCCGACUCUCCGUCUUCGCCCUCCCGGAGCCGCCGCGGCUCCAGGCUCCGACCCACCUGGAAGCCGGAACCACCGCCAACGCCAGCUGCCAUCUCGCCGGCGCCUUUCCCACCGGGAACGUCGGCUUCACCAUCACGUUGGCAGAGCGGAUCCUCAACUUCACCGUCUCGGAAUCCGGCGACGUUCUCACCGCCGUCACCGCGCUCUCCUCCGGCACACCGGGAUGGCAGGAGCUGACCUGCACCGCGGCCGUGGCUACGGCGGCGCGGACGGCACGGACACAGCUCCUCGUUUACCGUUUCCCGGAACCCAUCGUGGAGCUGAGCCCGGCGUCGGCACCGGCGGGCAGCGAGGUGACGGUGCUGUGCCGUACCGGCGAUGCCGAUAACCACACCGGAGAUGCCGAGUACAGCGGAGACGCCGUCCGGCUGCAGCUCCGCGAUGCCGAUGGGGCCAUCCUGGCGGAAGGGCCGCGUUCCCGCUUGGAGCGGCGGUUGGUGGCCCGGCGCGAAGAUGACGGGCGGGAAUUUGGGUGCCGCGCCAGCUUGGCCGUCGGCGAUGCCGCGGUGACGAAGGAAGCGGACACUCGGCUCACCGUUCUCUACAUGCCUGAAAUGUCCCCAACCGACUGUCCCACCAACCGCACGUGGCUUCGGGGGACGCAGGAAGCGCUGUGGUGCCGCGCCGCCGGCAAUCCCGCUCCCACCGUCACCUGCGUUAGGAAUGGUGUCACCAUCAACACCACCGUGCCGGAAUUGGUCACCCGAUCCCGAGCCGGCUCCUACCGCUGCAAUGCCACCAACGUUUUGGGGACACGAAGCCGUUGGGUCACCGUCCGCGUGGAGUUUGAGCCCAUCCUGACGGAGCGCGGUUGUCCCGCGCACCGCGUCUGGGUGGAAAGAGAGCGCCGCGACCUCUCGUGCCGCGCCGACGGCGAUCCACCCCCCAAGAUCCGCUGUGACCGGGAUGGGGGUCCCGGGGGUCCCACGCGCCCCCACGGCACUCGCGUCGUUCACCGCGACGACGCCGGGCGCUACGUCUGCCGCGCCACCAACAAACACGGAUCGGCCGCGCGCCGCGUCCUCGUCACCGUGGAGUACGAGCCCAGCAUGGGUGAAAGCGGAUGCCCGGCGCGGCGGCUUUGGGUGGAGGGGACACCGGCGGAGCUGCCGUGCGCCGCCACCGGGAACCCCCCACCCCACGUCACCUGCGCCAAACUGGGGGACCCCCAGGACAUCCCGGUGAGCCCCAACGUCACCCGCGCCCACGCCGGUACCUACCAGUGCCGGGCAACCAACAGCCACGGCUCUGCCCUCCGCAACGUCACCGUCGCCGUCGAGUACAGCCCCGCGGCGGUGAGCCUUCGCGUCUCGCCUUCGCCCGACGUCUCUCGCGGCGCCAGCUUCAGCGUGGAGUGCCGCGCCGAAGGUUUGCCCACGCCGACCUACGGUUGGGCGCUGCCGCCGGCUCCCAACCUCCGCUUCACCGCCGAUAACCGCACGGUGGCCGUCGCCGGUGCCGCCGCCGUUAACGGAGGUCUUUACACCUGUACGGCAACCAACCGGCACGGCCGGCGAGCCGGUAGCGUCAUGGUCAACGUCGAUGAGAGCCGGUUGGCGCUGUUGGCAUCGCUGGGCUCCCUGGGGGCCGUCACCGCCGUGGGACUGGCGGCCGCCGGCGGUUACUACUUGAAGACGACGGCGUGCAAGAAAGGUGAAUACAACGUCCACGACGCCGAAGGCUCUUCCGAAGCUUCUUGUCUUCACCGGCACAACCGCGGCGGAGAGAUUUAUGGCAUCCAGCUCACCCAACCCUAACCGGGAGAAGCCGGAUUCCACUUUCGGGGGGUCCUUACCCUGAUUUUGGGGGGAAAUUGGGGAGAAUUUGGUGGGUUUUGGUGGUUUUCUGGUGGGUUUGGUGGUUUUUUUGGUGGGUUCGGUGGUUUUUUGGUGGUUUUUUUGGUGGGUUCGAACCGUUUGGGCGCUGCGCCGAGGAC